GUAGCCCAACUGACCCAGAAAUAAAAGAAAGAACGGCGUAGGAAAUAAGCGCCAAGAAUGCCCCCAAACCCAAUAAGGUCAGAGGUCUGCGAGCGCGUUCGUGCGACUCUCGCGCCACCAUGUCUGCUGCAAGCGCCUCUAGCCUCCUUAUCCUCCAACCGGGGCUGAAGCUCAACCAUUUCCUGAAGCCCUUGUUGGUGUCCCUUAGUCAACCCUCCUCAUCGUCUUCUUUGCUAGUCAAUCCCGCUCGCAGAUUCUUCGUCACUAAGCCGCCGCUAUUGCCGGCAAUCAGUCGGAAGCAUUCUUCUAUCGUCUCCGCACAGUCUCCGAGUGACAAUGACAGAGGCUCCGGCGGGAGGUCCGGAGCGCUCGCUCCCCCACCGCUCGUCGAAGACUUGCAGAAGAUCGACGUCAAUCCUCCCAAGGGGACCAGGGAUUUCCCGCCUGAGGAAAUGCGGCUCCGUAACUGGCUCUUCCACAAUUUCAGAGAGGUUUCGCGUUUGUUCGGGUUCGAAGAGGUCGAUUUUCCAGUGCUCGAGUCGGAGGCACUGUUUGUUAGAAAAGCUGGGGAGGAGAUUAGAGACCAGCUAUAUUGUUUUGAGGAUCGUGGAAACCGUCGCGUUGCAUUGAGGCCUGAACUCACUCCUUCUUUGGCGAGGCUGGUGAUACAGAAAGGAAAAUCUCUAUCACUCCCGCUGAAAUGGUUUGCCGUAGGACAGUGUUGGCGAUAUGAGAGAAUGACAAGGGGACGGCGUCGAGAGCACUAUCAGUGGAAUAUGGAUAUUAUUGGUGUGCCGGAGGUUACUGCUGAAGCAGAACUUAUUUCCUCAAUCAUUACCUUUUUCAAGCGAAUUGGAAUUACAGCAUCGGAUGUUGGAUUUAAGGUUUCAAGCCGAAAGGUUUUACAAGAAGUUCUGAUGCGCUACUCCGUACCUGAAGAGUUAUUUGGCAAGGUUUGCAUCAUCAUAGACAAGAUUGAAAAAAUUCCAGUGGAUGAUAUCAAGAAGGAGUUGAAGUCUGCUGGUGUAUCGGCAGAGGCUAUUGAGCAACUAAUGCAAGUUCUUUCCAUAAAGUCAUUGACGGAAUUGGAAGAGAUACUUGGAGGCACUGGGAAUGCAGUUGCUGACCUGAAACAGCUAUUCUCACUUGCUGACAAGUUUGGUUAUUCUGAAUGGAUUCAAUUUGAUGCAUCCAUUGUCCGUGGUCUUGCCUACUACACUGGUAUUGUCUUUGAGGGUUUUGAUAGAGAAGGAAAGUUACGAGCUAUUUGUGGGGGUGGUCGAUAUGAUCGAUUGCUCUCUACUUUUGGUGGUGAUGACAUUCCUGCUUGUGGAUUUGGAUUUGGUGAUGCUGUCAUAGUUGAAUUGCUGAAGGAGAAGGGUCUUCUACCUGAACUUAGCCUCCAAGUAGAAAACAUUGUAUGUGCUUUAGAUCCUGAUCUUCAAGGUGCAGCUGCUACUGUUGCUACCAUACUCAGGGGAAAGGGCCAAAGUGUUGAUCUAGUCUUAGAGAACAAACCGCUUAAAUGGGUUUUCAAACGGGCAGCUCGGAUAAAUGCUAACAGGCUUAUAUUGGUGGGGAUUUCUGAGUGGCAAAAGGGUAUGGUUGGUGUCAAAAUCCUUUCUUCUGGCGAACAACAUGAGAUAAAACUUGAACAGCUAUAGUGAUGACUUUUUGGAUUUUGUAUUUUUAACCUGUAUUAUUUAUAGAAAGUGUCAACUUUAGGCAAUUUGUUAUUUUCCUCCAGCUUACGCUUAAAAUAUUUUUUUUCAGUCAAAUAUCAAUUAAAGCAGGUUUUUGCUUC